AUGGGAGAUCGUGUUGGUAAUCGCGUAAAUCUCUUCACCAUCACUGCAAACGAGGCCUUUCCUAUACCGAGUAAAAGCUCCACUUAUCCGAACGAAGACGAUUACAUUUGUGAGACAUGCGCGACUCCAAAACUUAUGAGCGCAUUUUCUCGUUCUGCUAUGUCCGUUGAGGGCAUCUUGCUGAAGAUUUUGAAUGAAGUAGCAGAGCUUGCAAAGCUAGGUAGUCAUCUUUCAACGAACGAGCCGAUCACAGAAGAAUCUCCUAGUCGCACAUCACCACCUGCACUGAUGGGACAGGAUAUUGAGGCUCAAACGCAACUUGAGGCUCACCUUUGCAAGCUUGGACUUGUCUUCGAUUCGGUUCUCCUACUGCGGCUGCUUCUCCACAAGCUUUCAUGGGAUCUUGGGCUCGUUGCAAAGAAGAGGGUAGCAGUUGUGGAUCAUGCGCAUAGAGGAGUCGUUGAUCCACGAGCGCACUCGAGCUUAAGCCUGGGAAAUAAUAUACGUUCCGUAGAGCUCAUCCGGCCGAAACGUCUCAGUUCAGGUGCAAAGGAUGUCAGACAUCGAGAAAGACGGAAAAGAUUGGGAACUGACACGAGCAGUGGAUCGAAUCGGUCAAAGAAGACAAAUUCAUCCUCAAGCAGUGUGCAGAAACAUUUUCCAAGGUACAUUCAAUCGCUGUUCCGUGGGCGCAUGGGAACUGAUCCGUGCAAGCGUCAUUCGCGAAGAGAUUCCAACGACAGCAAUACAAGCGAUUCAGAUGCUGUUCUUGAAUUUACUCGAAAACUCCAGAAUUAUCCCCAAAAUAAGCGUGAGGCACAGCGACAGCUUAUGCGUUCCGGUGAGCAGCAAGAAAGCACAGAGGGAAAAAGAGUUGGAUAUGGAUAUCUUCCGGAGUUGGAAAUACAAGGAGCAUCUCCACCGAGAUCACCAGGCUCGCGAAUUUCCUUCGAGGACUCGCAUCUGCUCUUCGAUACCCGACGACCAUCUAGUCCUCAGGCUAUUCCUGGAGUUCCACAGAUUGAAAUUCGACGGCCUUCUGCUCUUUCACAAUUUGAAUUUGGCUACUUUGUCAAUUCACCAGAAUUAAUUAGUGGUGAGGUAAGUCCAAUGUUGUGA